GUCUACGACGAUACCACAGGACGUGACUCUUCAAACCUUACCGAAGACUGUUUUUUUGGGAAGUUUUUCUACGGUUUUUUUUGUGUGUGUGUGUCAAGUUUAAACCCAAGAAAAGCAGCUGCUCUGCUAUGGCAAAAGGAGAAGGAGGUGAACAAUACUCCAGCGCCAGUUUAUUGAAUAAACCGGUGGGCUCAGAUGGCAUCAAGCUAGCCAAGAAGCACGAGCACAGGAACAGGUUGUCAGUCUGCAACAAGUUAUGCUAUGCCAUUGGCGGAGCGCCCUACCAGAUCACAGGAUGUGCCCUGGGCUUUUUCCUGCAGAUUUACCUUCUGGAUGUAGCUCAGCUGGACCCCUUCUAUGCCUCCAUCAUCUUGUUUGUGGGCCGAGCAUGGGACGCAGUAACGGACCCCACAGUGGGAUUCCUGGUCUCCCGAAGCCCGUGGACACGUUUCGGACGCAUGCUGCCCUGGAUCCUGUUCUCGACCCCUCUGGCUGUGCUUUCCUAUUUCCUCAUAUGGUAUGUUCCUCCCUUUGAGGACAGCAAAGUCAUCUGGUACCUUUUCUUCUACUGCGUCUUCCAGACCCUUCAAACUUGCUUCCAUGUGCCUUACUCUGCCCUCACCAUGUUCAUCAGCUCAGAGCAGAAAGAGAGAGACUCAGCCACUGCAUACAGGAUGACGGUUGAAGUUCUGGGCACCGUGCUCGGCACAGCCAUCCAAGGACAGAUAGUGGGCAUGGCCAACGCGCCCUGCCUCCCAGGUCCCGGUGACAUCAUUGCAAACCUGAACAACUCGGUCAAUUCUGUUGGACUCAAUGAGUCAGAGCCUGUCAUUUCCCUGGAUCACACGAAAGCGGCCUACAUGAUUGCCUCUGGUGUCAUCUGCUUGAUCUACAUCCUCUGUGCUUUUGUUCUUUUCUUCGGUGUGAGAGAGCAAAAAGAGUCUUGUCGUCCCAGGUCGGAGCCCAUGUCUUUCUUCCAGGGGAUUAAGCUGGUGAUGGGGCACGGACCUUACGCCAAACUGGUCAUGGUCUUCCUUUUUACCUCACUGGCUUUCAUGCUCCUGGAGGGAAACUUCGCUCUGUUCUGCAGCUCCACGCUGGGCUUCAGAAACGACUUCCAGAAUAUUCUACUGGCCAUCAUGCUUUCCGCUACUCUGGCCAUCCCCUUCUGGCAGUGGUUUCUCACUCGCUUCGGGAAAAAGACAGCGGUUUAUGCUGGCACCUUGUCUGUGGUUCCCUUCAUGAUCCUGGUGGUGUGUCUGAAGAGUAACCUGAUUGUUACCUACGUUGUCUCCUUCGCUGCUGGGGUGGGAGUGGCCGCAGCCUUCCUGCUGCCCUGGUCCAUGCUGCCUGAUGUUGUCGACGAUUUCCAAGUUCAGAACCCAAACUCCACCGGCCACGAAGCUCUCUUCUAUUCCUUCUACGUUUUCUUCACCAAGUUCGCCUCUGGAGUCUCUCUGGGCAUCUCCACGCUCAGUUUAGAUUUUGCAGGCUACAUCAGUAGAGGCUGCUCUCAACCAGAAGAAGUGCAUUUAACCUUGAAAGUGCUGGUUUCCGCCGCCCCCAUAGCUCUUAUCAUUAUCGGCCUGAUCAUUUUGUACUUUUAUCCGAUCGAUGAGGAGAGGAGGCAAGGCAACCGCAAACUGCUGCAGGAACAGAGGGACAACGAGACAGAUUCAGACACAGACUCGACAGAGCUGGCCAACGUGGUCUAGGACAUUUUAGAGAACCCACGGACCAAUCGGAUGAACGGCUGGCAUUUUUGCACUGGGCAGGACCAACAGACCUGGGCCUGUCGGAUCAUACAGACACUGCCUUGUCCAAUCACAUCGCUGCUGUUUCACGUCUCCAAAAGUGUCGCUUCAGCCACACUGAGGGCUUUCUAAAGAUUGACUAACCGUCCCCAUUUGUGACUUUCUCCUGGCAUGAAAUUCUCUUUCCUCUUUUGUUCAGUCAGAUCUCAAAAGCCUUACUUUUUUCUACAGCACAACUUCUGAGUAAUGUGGGAAAAAAACUUUUUUUUAAAGGUUGGUCUUGAAAUGUGAUGGGAUCAUGUUUUGUCAGUGUUCUCGCUGGAACUGAACAGUUUCCAUCCUCUUAUGAACUAAAACAAACCUUAAUGACCUUGAGCGCUGCACUAAAAACAUCUUUAUACUUCAGAGAUGUAAAACAUCGUAAGAAACUUGAACAAACAGUGAUGACGCCUUAAUUUCAGCCCUAUUUUGGGGUUAAAAUUCAAAAGUGAUACCUGUGUCAGUCACUUGCUCCUGAGUCAUUGACUUGUUGUGUAUUUUCAACGUGUUUAAAUGUGUUUUGUAAUUUUACAAUAUCUCCUCAUAGUUUACCGAAACCAGUUGGUUUCCAUUUCAUUCCCGUCCCUUCUUUUUGUCUUUUUUUAUAAUUUUUUUUUAAAGAGACAUAAUAUUGGAACUAGUGGUCUGGCAUUAACAGCUGUGGUCUGAAUGCCUCAUUUUAGUUCCCCACCAUAAAACCGAAACCACUACAUUAGUAAAAGCAGUUAUUUUGUACAUAUAACUGCAAUGUUUAUCCAGCUAUUGCAUUAAUUACAUUUCAUUUAUACGACGGCUACUGAAGACAAGGAAAGCUUCUUUUCUCUAAACACUUUCAUUUUCUUAAAAUUGAACAAAACGAUGACUACAGCCGGUACUAAUUUAGAGAUAUCAUUAUUUAAAUAUUUAUUAGUUUUGAUUUUACUGUUUUGGAAUUCAUGUUUGCUGGAGAGCCGUGUAGUAUUUAAAUCUAUUUAAAGCCUGUAGGUUUUUUCCAACUGGAUUUAAAAAUGAGGAAAAUGGGGUGGGAGUCAAAUUUUAAAACAUUCACACACCUUUUAAUGCAUGUUGCCAACGCUACUGUCUUUGCUCCAUAUGCCUUCAAAAAAGGGAAGCAUGUAAUUGUGGGAAAAGAGAAGAUUGGAAGGUGGGGAAGUGAACCUGUUUUAGUCUCCCUUGGGUGUUUUUUUCUUUGUAUAUAUGUAUGUUUACAGAAGGAACCACCAGGAUGCUUUGUGAUCAUCUCAAUCCCUGUCACUGAAAUGAGGAUUGACAUAUUUCAUAUCUAUUGAUAUGGAAAUGUGUACACACAGUGUCAUAUGUUAUACAUACUGUUACAUCUCUUGACUUGUUGUUUCUGACAACUGAGUUGCCAAAUGUGAAAAUGUUCAUAUUUCAUUCACUUUAUUUUUCCAUUUUAUUUUUUUCCCACCAGAAGUUCCUUGUAUUGUUAAUACUGGAUAGUGUACAUACCAAAAACAGUGCCAUUUUCGCCCACAAACCCUGUUAUAAAUGUACAUCAUGUAAAUCUCAUUCUGUUUUAUUUUGUCAGCGUUUUGUCUUUUAUGGCUCUGUCACUGAACUUCCUCAUGACUCUUGAGGCUGUAGCCAAAUGUGUGAGCUUUAAUCCCACUGGGACACACAGAAGCCUUGUGUACAUGCCUCCUGUGCAUAUGUAUAUAUUGUAUGUAAACCUGUAAAUAUCUUUGAUAUUUGUGGCUGCAAGUGAAAUGUACAUUGUUCUGUAGUUAUUUAAGGAAAAGAUGUUCAGAUGGAAAAAGAUAUUGUUAAUAAAUACUAAUUAAGUGUAUUAUGAA